CGUCGAAUGAUGAUGCUACCUACUUGCUUCCACAAAUCCUACAUGCCGACCACAUCGCUCCUCUUCGCAUCGCCUCCAUUCCUUCUCCCCUCUCCUUCCUUCUCCAAGAGCUACACAUCGAGCCGCCGCUCCUCGUUCGCGGAGGGACACCGACAACAAUCACAGCCCAUUUCCGCUGCCCGCUCCUCGCCGCUUCCUUCCUCGACCUCCUGCCACGGCUUGGUGUUCGACGUUGGCCCCGCCCCUUCCUGGGACAGCCACGAGGUUGGCUCCCCGGUCGUCAAGCGGUACGUCCGGGACGACGAGGAGCGGUGGCUCAUGUGGUACCAUGGCAGAGGCGACGAAGGCGACUCCAUCGGCGUGGCGGUCUCCGGGAACGGGAUCCACUGGGAGAGAGGAUCUGGCCCUGUCACAACUAGCGACGACGUUGGCCAGGUCAUGCGCCGCAGCUCCGACUGGUGGGCGUUCGACACGGCGAGCGUGAGCCCAUCGGAUGUGCUUAUCAUGUCCAGCGAGAAGCUCACAGCGCCCGGCGCCGUCUACUGGCUUUACUAUACCGGCUCUAGCCAGGAGAAGCUGGAGAUCCCCGGUGAGGACGCAGGCGACCAAUGUCGCCCUCGUUUCGUGUCGCUGCCGGGCCUCGCUAUCAGCCAAGACGGCCGACACUGGGCGAGGAUCGAAGGGGAGCACCACAGCGGCGCCCUCUUCGACGCCGGCUCUGCCGGCGAGUGGGACGCCCUGUUUGCGGCAUCACCGAAGGUCGUGUACCAUGGCCAAGGCGAUCUGAGGAUGUAUUACCACUCGUUCGACCAGAGGAACGGGCAUCACGCGGUCGGCAUCGCCAGGUCCAGGGACGGGAUACGGUGGGUGAAGCUAGGGGAGGUCCUGGGACGCGGACCCGCCGGCUCUUUCGACGAGGCCGGCGCCAGGAAUGCUCACGUCGUGAGGAACCAGAGAGACGGCUCGUACCUAAUGGCUUACGAAGGUGUCUCUGUGGAGGGGGCUACACGUAUCGGCUUGGCGCUGUCUUCAGACGGAUUGAAGCACUGGCGGCGAUGGGGUGAUGAGGUGAUUCUUGAGCCAUCCACUGAUGAGGACGGAUGGGAUAGCAGAGGGGUCGGCGCUCCAUGUCUGCUCCAAAUUAUGGAAGGAGGGGGAGAAGAAUGGAGGCUGUACUACACAGGCAUAGGGAAGGACGGGAGGGCAGGCAUUGGAAUGGCGGUUUCGGAAGGUUCAGAGCUUGGUAGCUUCAAGAAAUGGGUGUGAAUCCAACUGUAAGGCGACAUGGAUUCCCAGUGCAUCCACCCUGAUGUCUACAUCUCACCUUUUCUUUCAGCUUGUAUUUGCUUGAUCAAUCAUAGAACAAAAAGGGAUUCACCCAAGGGAGGACAGCAUCUCAGGUCACCAUACCAAGUGUGAGAUGGGUUCCAAUUCUUCUCAUUUGACCUUCCAAGACUCAUUCCAGUAAGUUCUGUAAUGAUAGGUUUUAAUAACCUUAUGCUUGCCAGCAUGCCCAUCACAUGUAAGGUUUCAAUGGUCUCUAAUGAGAUCACUCUUACCGCUACGGUAACAAGGUCUGGAUUGUUAUUCUCUUUGAGUUUUUAUGAUUUAUGUUCUUUUUUCUUAUGGACUCAUAAAAUAGGGGUAUAAUCUGCAUAUGUUAUUAUUCAGAUGCAAUAAAUGUGCUUCCAGUCAAUCAUUUGUUCAGUUCAUAAAGCAUGUAGUUAUGAUUUUUCUUUUUGAACAAUUCAUGUGCCUUGGUGUUCUUUGUUCUUAUCACAAAGUGUAUCAUGCUGGCAAUAAAUGUUCUUUCAGCUGAUCAUUUUCUUGGUCUAGAAAGCAUGUAUUAUAUUAUCAUAUUUCUAAUCUUUGAACAAGUCUGAAAUUUUGAGAUUUGUUCAAUUGAGUUACAAGCUAAAUCAAAUUUAUGGGUUUCAAAUAAUUAUUAGCUUAAUGUGAGAAAUAAUAUAACAGGAACAUGGACUAAUAUUUGUCAAAACUAAACUAAUAUCUGAUUCUACUUUCUAUAUAUCUGCCUGGACUUUGCAAUGAUAUGUAACCUAUGUGAUCUAAUUUGUAAAAGUCAGGAUAGCUUUUCUGAAGGUGGAUGGAGAAGAUUUUUAGUGCAAGUCAUUGCAAUGUGACAUUAGAGCAUCUUUAUGUGUCCCUUCAUCUGGAUUUAUGUGUUGUGAAGACCAGUGCAAGAGCUAAUGGACUAUUUGGCACAAAGAGAGUGAUAGAAACACCGAGGAUAAUUAGAUAGGAAUCCAAGCAAGUUUAGUUCCAUAUUGGAAUUAGGAAAUAUGAAUGUGUACACAACCAAAGUUGAUUUAGGGAAUUUUCGUGAUAUUUUCCUUUUUUUCGAAAGUUAGAGUACUUUUGGAGCAGCGCACUUGUCCAGAUCAUUCUAGUAAUACAAUGAUUUUAUAUUAGAAACUAGUUGAAUGUUUCCCAUUAUGAGAGGAAUUUGUUUUCACUAUUAAAGUUUUAUAACAAGAUAGUCAUUGGGUGAUCAGACACUUAUAUUGGCAAGAAAUUUAUCAUGGUUCAGCCUCUGUCUAGUCCAAAAGAAAAAAGAUGGUAGUGAUUUAGCUUUAGCGUUAAAAUUGUCAAAUGUGUUAUAUUCAAGGUUUUCAAUCUUGGGUACUGGACCUGUGCUGGUCCAUGGUCGAAUCGAUAAGGGUGCGUACUGUGUGUUGGUAUUUUGCUGGGGGAGGGGGAGAAAGGAGGAGGAGGGAGGAAGAAUAAAGAAGAAGGAAGAAAGGAGGGGGAAGAGGAGAUGUAUUAUAGGCAGUGGUCGAGCAAAGAAUGAAGGAGAAAAAUGCUUGUGAGUAGUGAGCCCUAGGAGAUGGGUUAUUUAAAAGAAAAACAUUUGUUUUAAUGAAGAAAAAAGAAUAGGCUGAACCAUCCAAAAUAGGAUGCUCCACAGCCCAAUAACCUAUUGGAUCGGUACAUAGCGUCCUGUAUGUAGGGUGAAAUAUAAAUCUACAUCUAUGGUUAUAUCCUUGGGAUGAUAAUAGGAUAGAUCUUUAUUUACCCUAUAUUGCUUGAACUGAUAGGUUUGCUCUAUCAUGGUGUAGUGACCCUUCUCAAACUUGGGUUUCCCUCCUUUUAUCAAGAUGCACAUGAAUGAGAGUUCAUGACUUUUUUUUUUUCCAAAUAAAUCUGGAAUCACUAAGAACCAUAUGAUUCAUGGUGGAUUGAAGGGUCAUAGAUGGAAGAGUCAUGUGUUUCGUUGUUGAUGCUGAUGGAAUCCCCAUAUCCAAUUCCUGCAAUGGGUUCCAUGGUGCAGAUAACAAGUACCUUGACAUGGAUAAACAUAUUUAAGAUUCAAUCAGCAUUAGGAAAACUUGUAGUGCACAUUCAUAACUGAUGUAUAUCUAUAUCAAAAUGCCAGUCCUGUUUCCUUACAGAGUGGUAGUCUUAGAUCUAGACGUAUGAUGUAAAAUAUCUGUAGGGAAAUAUGGAGGUCUUGCAUGUGAAGUGAUGUUCAUGUAACUGCAGUUUUCUUUGUUUGUUCCAAGCUGUAUUUCUUGGAUCAUGAAACUUCCUUCUUAAUGUUUUGUUAUGAUCAUUAAGUAAGAAUAAUGAUUUAUCUCAAGGUGCUCCUAGUGGUAACAACAUCCAUCCCCCGAAGUUAAAGGUCUAACUCAUUGAAAUUAAUUGCCUGUUCUAUUUUUAUUUGCUAAAAUGGGAGUGAAAAGUUAUCUUGGAUGUAGGGUGUGUUAUCUCUAGAGAUAAUGAAGAAUUGCUGAAGCAUCGAGCAUCAGUCGACACGAAGAAAGAUUCAUACGAGUAGGAGAUCCAGUGUCUGGUGAUAAUUUCAACAUUCUUCCAAUCAAGAAGGCUUUUGUUUUUGUUGCAGCCACUGUCUCCCCAUUGGAACCUACUACGGAUAUAUUCUUCAGUGAGAACCUCUUUUGUGCGAGCAAAAUUUGCAUCUGGAACACUUGGGAAGCAAAAAGAGAAGUUCUAAUCAAUUGCAGCCUCCCGGAAUAAGCAAAAAGCCUCUCACUCCAAGAUGAUACUUCUGCCAUAGUCCAAGAAUUCUGGAAGAGAUCAGAGGCAACCAACUUCUUUAAAAAUAGCUAGCUGUAAUCGAUAGGGAGAAUUAUAAACUUAAUUUGGAUGCAAGUGCUAACACAUCUCAUUGUUCCAGGUUCAAUUUGUCAGGAAACUCUGGCUGCAACAGCAUUUCAUUCACAAAAGCAUAUGGUACACUGUCAAAGAGAGAGGAGGUUUUCUUUUAAUAUCCAUUUUCUGAGAGUGCAUUUUGCAGGCAACUUUUCUCAUCCUCUGAUACCUCCUAAUCAGUUUUAUGUGCUAGGAAAUUGAUAUAGAUAUAAAUUAUCACAUUCAUAGUUUUUGUC